GCGCAGGAGCAGCCGCGCCCCGGCCCUGCGGAAGCGGCGUCCAUGUCCCUGCCCCGGUGCCGGUGUCGCGCGGCAUGCUGGGAGCCGUAGUCAGGACCCGACCUCCGGCCCAGCACUGCUCGGCUUCCCAAAGCUUCUCGCUCCGGCAGCCUCCUGCCCUCGGAUGGAGGGCUUUGUGGAGCUGGAGAGCAGCCUUCUGACACAGCCCUGGGCUUCCGUUUGCUUUGGCGAGGCCACUUUUCUUGCCAAAGCGUGCUUCGGGGAUCCUGGCUACAUCCUGCUGAUCUCUGACCUCAGCAGUGUCUGGUACGAACGUGUAGAUGCUGAGGCUGUGGGACAAAGAUCCAAGGAACUGAACAAGCGGCUGACGGUCCACGUGUCCUCCUUUGUGCACCGCUUGAGCAACCUGGUGUGCGCCUUGCUGGCAGGGCAGCCGGAUGUUGCCACCUCCUUCUCCUGCCACUGCACUGCUGACAGCCUCAGCCUGCAUGUGAAGAGCGAGGUCUCAGGACUGCCCUUCUAUUGGGACUUCCACUGCUGCCUGGCUCCCCUGGAGAUGGUGUGCUGUCACCUUGUGCGGCCCCUGAUUCGGAUGAGCCUGGCUCUGCGGUACCAGGUGCAAGAGCUGACCUCCCUGCUGAUCCAGAAGGAUGCUGAGAUUGAAGACUACAGGGAGAGUGGGGCUGCUCUCAGCAGAGACCGCCUGCGGACAGAGCCCUUUCAGGAGGAGUCAUUUCAUCAGAACUUUGUGGCUGAGAGCCUGCCCCAGGUCUGUGGUGUGGGAGAGGGACAGGCAUUCACCUCUGCUCUGCGACAGCUCUACACGGCAGUGACACAGCAAGAGGCCAAGCAGGCUCGGAAACGGCUGCGCUCAGAGGACACUGAGGACCAAAUGCCCGCUGGAGAAACCAAAGGGCAUCCCUCUCCACUGCCUCCAGCCCAGAUUGAUGUGUCUUCCAGUGAGGGAACCACGCCUGUCUCUUCUCCAGUUCAGAAGUCCCGCCCACCUGCUGCCAAGGCCAAGCCAAAGAAGGCAAAGGGUCUUUUCAGCUGAAAAGUCACUGGCACCCACUCCAAGGGUCUCUGCUCCCCUCAGCAUAUGAGAAAGGAAGUGCAGAGCACUCAUACAUUGUCUGCCUCCCCACCUGCUUCUCUGGGUGGACCCUGGUCUGGGACAGAGUCCUCUCCUGAGGUGUCUCCAGCAGGAGGUGAUGGGCCAUCUUGAACCGUGACUCAGGAGCCUCUUUUCUUCCUCUUCACUGUGUAGAGCUCUUUCAGGCUACCCCGUGAUGGAGCCAGUGCCAGACCUGGGGGAAGUGGAAGGAAUGCUUCUGGGUGGGUGUGGGACAGCAGGGA